CCACAGGUGGGGCUGGAGCUAUUACUAUUUUAACGUUUCCUACACGAAAACUAGGUGACCAAGGACAUACAUUCGAAAUUUUGAGAGCUCAGUGCAACAUGAAAGAAUGGGAAGUGAAAAGAUGUUUAGCAAACAAAAUGCGAGAAAUUAGUACUCUGCCCUCUACAGACGAACUAUCAACGCAGAAAGUGUUUGUCCAAGUAAUAGUGGGAGGCUGUGUUGGGCUUAUCGUGGGAAUUUUGUCAACAACAUUUGUAUGCGUUUGUAUCUACAAGCAUUAUCAAAGCAGAAUAAUAAAUAAUGGUUUAAUUUCAAAAUCAAAGAUUCAUCGCAUGACUGGAACCAAACAAAUGUUUUUUAUUCAUUCAAAGGAUGAUGAAAUUGUACAUGAUGAUAUUUUGGACAUCCAGGAUCCUUCCAAAAAUAAAGAAAUACUACACAGUGAGAUCAACGUUAUUAAUCACAACGACUUUCAAGACUUGCAAUAUACUGAAAGUACAAGUACCUAUGAAAAUGAAAUUGACACAGUCCUAUUUGAUAAAAUUCUUAUAUCAUCAAAAGAAUAUGAAACAAGAAAUGAACCAUCGGAAAUGUACAUGUACGAAGAUUUUUCAAAAGAGGACAAUUGUGCUUCGACAAGCACAACAGAUGAGAAUCGUUUGAAAAGUGAAACAGUUACGGUUGACAUCCAAGACCAUGCCACGGGUAUGACAAUGGCUAGAACAUUACAAACAGAAAACAAUCAGCAACUUGCUACGUAUGAAGAACCUGCUAGUUGGUCGAAAGCCAAAAGCUUUCUAGACGUUAAGCCGGAUACCAAUGCUGCGUAGGCCUUCAACGGUGAUUCUGAAAACCUAAAAUAUUAUAAUAACCAUAUUUCACUAGAGAUGGUAAGAAAGCAUCCAGCGACUAUACAUUGUCUUAAGGUCAGCCUCUCCUAUAGCGAGAUAUUGUGAUAGGGAGGGUAUAUAUUAAAACCAUGCUGAUCUUAGCCUAUUUUUUGUACUUAUCCGUAUAAUUCAUACAAAUGCUGUUUAUAUUAUUUAUAAGGGAACACGUGUAUCGACGCAGUUAUAUGACGAUGUCCAAAGAUAAGCAUUCGAUGUUUACGUAAACAGUAUGAUUUGAUAAAGAAUAGUAUAGAAUGUAGGAAAAAUCAAAUAUAAUAAUUGCUAUAUCAAACAUUAAACAUAUUUCAUAUAAUUAAAAAAAGAAUGAAAAAAGAAACGUUAAUUAAUUGAAAAAAGAAAAAAAAUGGUUGAUCCAAUAAAUUAAAUACUCGGGUUCAAUAAUUUAAAGGUAUAAUUCUUUAUCCACGUUAUAAAUACAUUUACAAUAAAAACGAUCUAUUAUUAAUGUACAUAUUGCUAAACUCGCGAAGGUUUUUCUGGCAUAUCAGAAUUUUACUUUACCCUACACUACUGUUAAAUAAUUUCCAAUGUUUUAUUUAUAACAAUAAUAUUCUUUUAUUCUUAAACUUCAAUUGUUAUAUUAAUUUCAUUCUUUUUUGUUUGAUGAAGGUGUCAUACACGUAAAUAGAUAAAUGAAAGAUAGAGUUACCUCCUAUUUCUUAUGAAAUUUGAUCUGUACUGGUUUACUAUUAGAUACAUUUUUAUUACAUCAUUUGGAAACGCGAAAUACCACAGUGGUUUGUAAAUAUCCCUCUUAAAUACAUACCUGACAAGCACUAAAGUUAAUUUGUGUAAAAU